UUGACGAUUGCCUAUUUAUAUCACUUCUAUCUUCCUCUGAUCUCCACUACUCCAGUCACAAUCUCCGGCCGGCCAGCCCCGCAGCCACAAUCUCCAUCUCCGGCCGGCAAAUAUUCCAAGAAACCUUGAAUUCUACCCUCCGGCGCCGCCUCUGCAACCACCAACACCGCCGGAAAACAUAUCAUAUCGUCGGAGAUGAUGAUGAUGAUGAGAAAAGUGUGGGAUUUUGUUGAUGAGAUGAAGCCGGUUAUGAUGAUGAUGACGGUUAUGGUAGCGUUCGGUGGGAUGAGUGUUUUCUACAAAGUGGCUUCAAAUGAUGGGAUGAGCUUGAGGAUUCUUAUUGCUUAUCGUUUCAUCUUUGCUGCUGCUUUUAUUCUCCCCAUUGCCCUCUACACCGAGAGAAAGACCAGGCCUAAGCUGACUUGGAUGAUUCUCUUACAAGCCUUUUCUUGUGCAUUAUUUGGGGGUUCAAUGGCUCAAAAUUUGUUUGCAGAGAGCUUAGUCUUAACCUCAGCAACGUUUGCCACUGCCAUCAUUAACCUCAUUCCGGCUUUUACCUUCAUCUUAGCCCUUCCCUUCGGAUUGGAGAAGUUGGGGCUGAGAAGGAGAGCAGGGCAGGCAAAGUUGAUGGGAACACUAAUAGGGAUUGGGGGAGCAAUGGUGCUAACAUUCUAUAGAGGGAAGGAACUUAAAAUCCGCCCAACUCAAUCCCAACCGUUGCUAGACAAUAGAAAUGGACAUGUAAUAUUGCACGAGGACCCUCAUUCUCACAUUUUGGGUGUUUUACUAGCACUGGCCUGCGUUCUCUCCAACGCGAUUUCCUUAAUUAUUCAGGCUAAGAUGAGCGAGUUGUACCCUUGCCACUAUUCCAGCACGGCCUUGAUCACCAUCAUGGGCUCACUCCAAGCUGCAGGGUAUGCACUUUGUACCGAGAGGGAUUGGAGCCAAUGGAAACUAGGGUGGAACAUUAGACUCCUCAUAGUUGUUUACGCGGGGGUGGUGGCCUCUGCAUUGGCCAUAUGUUUUAUGAUGUGCAGCGUGCGCAUGAGAGGCCCAUUAUUUGUAUCCGCCUUCAACCCCUUCAUGCUCGUCUGCGUCGCCAUUACCAGCACAUUGUUCCUCAAAGAGAACCUAUACUUGGGAUGUGUGAUUGGAGCGGUGGCCAUAAUCGUGGGGCUAUAUAUGGUGAUAUGGGGGAAGCAAAAGGAAAUGGAGGGAGUAUCAUCCAAGUUGACGCCGUCAACAAGUUCCGGCGACGACGAAGAAGAAGUUCCCAACGAGAAAGACGUUAACGUUGGCAACAACCUUGUUGCCGUUGGGCCCAAUUUGAUGAUGAUGUUGGGAGCAGAAGAAGUAGAUGUUGAUGAGGAGGAGAAGGGGAUGCGUAAAGGAGAUUUUAAUGUUUAGACUACUUUCUUGGUAGUAAUCAACAAAUUGUUAAUACAAUAACAAUGUUAAUUAGGUCAAAUAUACUACUAAUGUUGGUUUAAUUUGUUAUUGCAGU